UUUUAUUCAAUCGAAUCGCAAUUAUUAACUUGAGAACUACACUAUACGUGAUUGAUUACACGUUUUACCCCUGGAUCAAUCGUGAUUCGAACAAGAUAAAAGUGCAGAAUGAUUCAGCAUCUUAUUUAUACAAAAGAGUUGAGUAUUCAAUCCUUUCAUUCGUCUUCAGUUGCUUGACGAAGAGGUUCCAGACUAUAAUAUAAACCAAAUUUGCGACAGAACUAAUCAGAAAAGGAAAAAAAAAUGGGAUGUAAUAGCAGCAAACAAGUCCAGAUUCAACAAGCGAAUACUUCUUCCGGAGAAUUCCAAACCGUCCGGGGUGACCUGUAUGUAGCAUGGAUCAGUACACCAUGCAGGGCAACAUUUAUGACAUGUGCUGCACUCAAAAUCAAGCCGAAUUUCAAGCCAUUGGAUUUAUUCAAAGGAGAAACAAGGACGCCUGAAUUCCAAGCUAUUAAUCCUUUCCACACACUUCCAACAUAUGUUGAUGGAGAUUUCAAAUUAUGGGAAAGCCGAGCGAUAAUGGCAUAUCUUGUGACAACUUUCGGCGGACCGGACCAUGCACUCUAUCCUCGUGACCCCAAAAAGAGGGCAGCGAUUGACAACGUGCUCAAUGCAGACCAUAGCACAUUCUACAAAACAGUAUCAGAGUGGAUAUUUCCUCAGAUACUCAAAAAGGAACCAGGCUCUGAUGAGAAAUUGGCUGAAGUGAAGAAAGCAUUUAAAAUACUGAAUGACUACUACCUGAAAGAUCGCCAAUACGUCACAGGAAAUCAAAUGAGUAUCGCUGAUUUCUCAGUGCUGGCAACAGUCACAUUUACCGAACUGGUAGAUUUAGAUCUGUCCGAAUUUCCAAACAUUGUUGAUUGGUGUAACAGAAUGAAGAAGCUACCAUACAUGGAAAAAUGUAACGAAGGUCUUUAUGAGGGAAAAAAGAGGCUGGCAGAAUCAUCAAAUUAAUCUCGCUGAGUUAAAAUGAAACCAUAAUUUAUUUUUCGAUAUGCAAAUAUCAUGGUAUCACUCUCCAAAAUGUGCUCAUAUUGCUACCAUUAAUGAGAAUUGAUAUUUUCUUCUUCAAAAAUACUUGUACAAAGGUUACUAGAACACGUUAACAUAAAUUCAGAAGAAACAAAUUUUUGUGUUCACUCCUCUUUAUUGUACAGAUAUAAUAUUCCAUUUCUUUUAUGGAAAACGUAUUAAUUGCACUUUUCGCCAGAUUGAAAUUUCAUACACUUAUUUCCGUUAUUAAAAUUAUUAAAGUUCCCAAAUAUAUAUCGCCUCUGGUUUUAGUUUUAUUCCAUAUGAACAUUGUAGAUAACUCAUCAUAUGACAAGCGUUAAUACCAUAACAUGAUUAUGAUUUCUUGAAUAGGUAUUUUGAUAAACUGUUGCUAAAGUUUUAAUGAACGUUAUUUCUUAUUAAACAUAGUUUUGUUUUGUACAUGACGUAUUGGAUAUGAGGAAUUCAUAGGCUGUGCGAAACUCCGUAUGCAUACGCGUAUAUUACAAAGUUAUGUAUAAACGCUAAUUAUCGUAUAUUUUGAUACUGCUGGGAAAGUAAGAUUUGGUCGGACCUCGAGCAGUACGACUACCUAAACAAUGGCGUUAUAUUCUCAGUCGUUGUGAAGAUCAGCAGCCAAAGACAGUGUGGACCACUGGUUGGGGUUGAGACGUUGCGACAAAAACGUUGCUGCGUCUAUUCCACGGUUCCAUUACGUUUGAACCCACGAAUCUCGAAUCAUUUGGAUUUUCGCUUCACGGUGGGACUGGACGCAUGAUUAUCAUCGUCACGAACCCCCGUACAGCUAUUACCGAUACUGGUGAGUUACGGCACCUGCUCCGCAGUUCCAACAAUUCGUUUAGGACAGGAUUUUCGGGGGAAUUGUGGGUAAAUUAGGCUUACCAUACAUCCCGCUUUUCAAC